AUGGAAGUUGAUAGCAGUUCUGGGGAGGAGGAGGAGCUGAUUCAUAAGAAGGCGGUGAAAAAGAAGGAUUUACUAUCAGAUGAUGAAGAUGAUAAUGAAGAUGAUGAAGUAGUUUGGGAGAGAGACGUAGUUGUAUGCAAUUCGGUGCCAAAUACGGAAAUGUAUUAUGUGUCGUAUCCAUCGACUAAAACGAAUGCGUGGGAUCGAUCUCGAAAUCCAGUAGCUAGAUUUAAGAAGAAUGUUCGAAUGCUUGAAAUGCGAUUCAUGCCUGACACCAAUACCGCUUCGUACGACAAAAAGAAGGCUGAACUCAUGGGCGGUGAGAGUACGAGCUCGUCGCCGCAAAAACCGCUCGAUCUCUCAAAUUUACGCAAAAGCGAUGAGAUUUAUGAAGGACGCGCAUUUUUGAACGACAAUCCGCUUAUCAAUUCGAUUGGUUUCAUGAAAAACGGCGUUUUCUAUUUUCAUCCAGUUCGCGGCACAUUUGAAAUGCAUCGAUCGAUAAAUGUGCUGAAUAAGAAGCGCAAAAAUGGUCCCAAAGAUGAGGAGAAUCAAUCGACGGAAGAUGAAGACGAAGAAGGCGCAAAUACAUCAAAUAUUCGCGUCAAAUUCAGUCGACCGGAAACUGAGCGACAAAAGAAGCGGCGCGAAGCUUCUGCGCUUCAUCGUGAGAAAGUGAUUGCCAGCGAUGUUUGGAUUCCGAUGGAAGUCAACCUCAAAGAAGAUGCAAAAGCUCAACAAAAAAUUGAGCAGUUAAACGUUGAGCGGAACGCCGAAACUGAGGUGAAUGCCGAAAAUUCGCUGGAAAUUCGAGAUCUUGUCAACAAGGCAAUCAUUUGUAGUAUAAAAGAGGAAUUGGUUAUCGAAAGCGGAAAAGAGCAUAUGCUGUCGAAGCAGAGGAUCGACGAAUUGCCGGUUCAAUUGCAGAUUAAAGCGCACAUGAUUAAGACUCACGUGAUUCGUACAAGUGAAAUGCACAUGUUCAUAGGCGACGACAAAAUGACGAGAGUGGAUCUCGUGACGAAUUUGCGACAAUGCGCGCGUCUCGUGAAUGGCGUUUGGGUGCUGGAUUCCGAUUUGAUGUUCAUCAAUUUGCCGCCGGCGCAAUCAAACACACCGGGAAAGAUUGAUGUCUAUCGAUCGGAGUUGUGGCGGAAUGCUCGCGAUCUCGCGUUGGCUCUAAUUGAUGCUGGCCAACGAGUGACUCGUUUGACACUUAUCACAUGUUUCCGGCUUUCUGAACGUGACAGCGAAGAGAUUUUGAGCUCUUUUGGGGUUUGCGAUAGGAAGGCGAGACGCUGGAAUUUGAAAAUUGAGCGGGACGAUGAGUUUUUGAAUGACCCUAUGAUGCAGCAAAUAAUUGUCGAAGAAAAACGGCGCUGGAUUGAGCGAUUCGAGGAGCUCAAAAACGUUGUGAACGCGAAACCCGGUUCGCCGGCGAAAAAAUCAAAAUAA